GUAGAGGUCAGGUUUCUCUUGGUUUGUUGGGAAUGAAAGCAGUAGCGUGUGAUGGCUGCUCGGUGAACUUACCUGCAGUAGGCAGGCUGCGGCGAGGGCGAGCUAAGCUAACUACACUGAGACAACCUGACAGACAAAGGUGGUGCAGGUUUCACAGGACCACCGGGCUGGUUGGCCUCGCAGUCUCCCAGAAUCCUCAUGAGGUUUUCCUCUCUCAGCGUCUGCGGAUUCUUUACUCAAAGAUCUUGGCAUCACUGCAGACAAUGCCACAGGACGCCGUCUACAGGAGGUACACAGAGCAACUGGUUAAGGAGCGCUUUGACCAUGUCAAAACGGAGCCAGAUGUUGAGAAGCUAGAGAAGAAAAUAAAUGGUGGACAGAUUGAAGAAGUCAUCUUUCAGGCGGAGAGUGAGCUGGCUCUGUCCAGGAAGAUGGCUAACUGGAAACCAUGGGAGCCAAUGGUGGAGGAGCCUCCACCCAACCAGUGGAAGUGGCCCAUCUGAAUUUAGUGCAUCUGUCAACCUGUUUGUGUGUGUUUGUAGGAUCUGCUCCUAAUAAAGAAAACUACUGCAA